AUGGGCUUCAUCCACAGGAGGACCUCCAAGCAGACCGGCAGGGUUAAGACCCUUCUUGGACUCGCCUUGAAGCGUCUCGCCGUCGCUCGCCGUCCCCGUCUUGCUCGCAAGUCGAUUUCUCGAGGCGAUGUCGGCCAGCUCCUCGCCCUCGGCCGUCUCGACCGUGCUCUCCAUCGUGCAGAGCAGGUCAUAGAGGAGGACAACAUGCUGGAGGCGUUCAACAUCAUAGGGCUAUACUGCGAUCGCCUCAUCGAGCAUGCUAAGCAGUUAGACAAGCCAGAUGAGUGUGGUGAGGACAUUCGGGAGGCAGCCGCCGGGAUCAUGUUUGCAGCCGGGUGGUGCGGCGACCUGCCGGAGCUGCUGUUUGCACGCACAAUCCUGGCAGAUAAGUUUGGAGGGGACUUUGCAAUGAUGGCAAAAGAGGGCACUGGCGUCGUCGACCCCAUGUUGGUCUGGAAGUUGGCUGGCAACAAAAGAAACAUGGAACUGAAGAAAAAGGUGGUGAAAGAAAUUGCGUCUGAGAACAAUACGCAGGUGGACUUUUCUGACUUUCCAGAAAUGGUUGAGCACAAUGGCAGUGACAAGGUUCCGCAUCAGUCCAACCAAGAAGCUAUAUUGGGCAGCCGAAACAGAAGGUGACACCUUUAUCAGUGCGCACAAGAAAAUGAUCUUUCCGAGCAUCCAGCUCAGAUGCAGCAAUCUGGGGCGAAGCAAUGCGAUGUCUAGUUUCCAAACUUACCAAAAUACGGGUGUGCACAUGUUAAAUGUGUAAACCAUAAAGCAACUAACAAUGUCCAAUUAACUUUGUCAGGAAGCAAGACCUUCCAUUUCUUCAUGAACAACAGCAAGCCAGUAGCAGCAGCCCCUUUCUUAUUCUCAAAUCCAUCAAGUCUCUAAAGACAUCGUUCACCUUACUAAUCCAUGUUCUUGACUAUAGUGCUUGUGAAACAAUGUGAAAGACCUCAAAUUCA